AUGGCAUCACCAUCUGCAGCUGCGCCACCUCUCCACCCAUGCAUCCUCAGCUCCCAGUGCUGACACGGAAGACAGCCAUGUUGUGGAAGGCGUUUCUGCUUGUAGGGCUCAUUGUGCUGGGGAUUCAUGAUUGCAGCUUCAAAUUUAUAGACAUCGACAAGAAUGAGGCAUAUUUUGCCAUUUCUGUGGAGUAUGUCGUGUUCCACUUCAAUGAAAACCAGGAUGAUGAUUUUGCCUACAAGUUCCUGAGAGUCCGCAGAAGUCAGUGUCAUAGCAGUGAUACAUUUGUAUACUUAAUAGACCUGGAGAUGGGCCGUACAAUUUGUGGGAAAUAUGAUGAAGACAUUGACAAUUGCCCAUUACAGGAAGGCCAAGGAGAGAAAAAGGUACGCUGCACUUAUAUUUUGGAGUCUCUAGCAUGGAAGACUCAGUUCAUCAUCUUGAACAGUACCUGUGUGCAGACUUAAGUGGGGGCAGAGGUCUCUGUGUACCUGCAGCCAAAGUCCCCUUUCCUCUGAAGGUGACUGCCUGUAGUUUAAGGUCUAUUUAGAACCAACACAAUUAAAGUUAUCACAGAACAUUCUGGAUCUCUGAA